AUGCACAUCAAAGACAGGCUUUUCGUCAUCUCCGGCGGUUCAUCUGGUCUGGGUCUUGCCACAGCCCGCAAUCUCCAUGAGAAAGGAGGUUAUAUUGUCAUUCUUGAUCUCAAUGUCGAUUCUGGAGCCGAAGCAGUCAAGGAGCUUGGCUCUGAGAGAUCUCGUUUCUUCGAAGCUGAUGUCAGCGACACCGAGAGUAUUGCAAAAGCUGUGGAAGGAGUGUCAAAAUGGAUUCAAGAGACGGGAAAGCCUAUUGGUGGUAUCAUCAGCGCAGCUGGUGUAGGUAACCCCGGAAAGCCGCUCUCCUUGUCAUCCAUUGACUUUGUUUUGAACAUCAACCUUCGAGGCACUCUAGAUUUCGUCCGCCAACUACUCCCACUCAUGACCAAGAACAAGCCGACAGAGCCGGAUAAUGAGCGAGGAUGUGUCAUCUUGGUCAGUUCAUCAGCUGCCUACGAUGGACAGCCUGGACAGGGUGCAGUAAGGUCGAUGACACUGCCUAUGGCCCGUGAUCUUGCACCAUUCGGUAUUCGUGUUGUAACGAUCGCGCCUUCAUUGUUUGAGUCCAACAUGACGGCCAUGAUGAGCGACAAGGUUAGGAAAUCGCUUGAACGUGUCAUGGAAUUCCCCAAAAGGGCGGGCAAAGGCGAAGAGUUUGCUGAGUUGACGAGGCAUGCGAUCGAGAAUGUCAUGCUGAAUGGCGCUACGUUACGCCUAGAUGACAGGUAG